AUGGCGAAUCGCACUGCCGACGAACUACUCAAGUGGGGCAUCCGUAAUGCACCCAUGAACCCUGAUGGAACGUCGUCUGUCGCCCAAGUGUCCGCGGAUGUGGCCGCCGGGCGUCGGCCUGACCUGGCCGAUCCUGGCCUGUACGAGGCGAUCAUGGGAAAGAGCGAGGCUCAGAUGAUGCAGGAAGAGCUUGCCGUGGCGACGGAUUCAUCGCGCACCAUCGAAGAUCGCUGCACGGCGCUCGACAACUUUGAAAUGCUCAUUGAACAGGUCGACAAUGCCAACAACAUGGCGCCGAUGGGCAUGUGGCCGGCUAUUCGCGCGCUGCUGGAUACGGAUGCGCCAGAAAUCCAGAGUGCCACCGCCUGGGUCAUCGGCACGGCUAUCCAGAACAACGACAAGGCGCAGGCAGCUGCGCUCGAGCACGACGUGCUCGCGCCUCUGCUUACGCUUUUGUCCGCGGCGCACAGCGGCGUGCAGAACAAGAGUGCGUACGCGCUCAGUGCGCUACUCCGGCACUAUCCUGCAGCGGUCGCGCAGUUCGCUACGGCCGGCGGAUGGGCGCCGCUGCAUCGCGCGCUCGAGAGCGACAACCUCGUGCUGCGCCGCAAGGUGGUCUUUCUGCUAACGCAGCUGGUGCGCCAGACACGUGAGGCCCAGCGCGCGGCGCCCGCUGCACCCGAGCCUGCACUGCCUACGUCGGCGCCGCGCGACGACGUGCCUGCGACGCAGCAGGCGGGCGUUCGGCACCCCGACGUGGCGCAGGCCCUGGCCGACACGGGCUUGCUGGACGUGGUGCUCGACUCGCUGCUGCCUGGCCGCACGGGGCCGCGUGCGUACUGCGCGGAUCUCGCGGUGCGGGACGACGAGGACUAUGCGCAAAAGGCCACGGAGCUCGUGAUGGCCGUGCUGGAGGCGGAGCCGCUGCCGACGGUGCUACCGAACCCGAAGCUGGCGGAGCUGCUCCAGGACCUCGAAGCGCCCGCCGGCGCGCCACGCGCGCGCACCUUGGAAGUGGACGAGACGCCGCUGAUCCGCUACCUGACACUAUGA